AUGACAGUCAGCUCAGCUUCAAAGCAUGUAAAAUUCGAUGAAGGUCUUGAAGACCUUCCACAUUUAGCAUCUCAAAAUACAACUGAUAUGCCAGUUGACAAAUAUGCUGAUAUUAGUGAAAGUGAUAGUGAUGACGACGUUCCUGAAGAAGAAGGUGUUUCUUCUGCUAAAAAUGAUGCUGAAAUUGCUAUGAAGAUUAGAGAAGAUGCAUUGAAUUUGGAACAAAAAAUGUUAAAAGAGAAGAGAAGAAAGCAGAAUGAAAUAUUUAAAAAACAAAAAGAAGAAAAACAUAAAAGAAAUCUAGAUACAAGGGAUGAUGUGACUGAAAAGAAUGAAUUAGAAGAGAUGCCAACCGAAUUUUUCGAUAAGCUUAAGGAAUCUAACGCAGAUAAUGAACAGAUCAAGGCAAUGCCAAAACAUAUUAAUUUUAAUGAUAUAGAGAUUGAUGAUAAAUAUAUACCUGAAGUUCAGGCUCAAUUAAAAAAGAAGAAAAAGAACUCUCUAAAAAAAUUAAGAGCUUCUUCAAAGAAAAAGGGCCCUGUUACAGUAUCUGUUUUAUCAGAUAUUUCUGUCUCCAAUACUAUGGCACCAAAGAAGGAGAUUAAAGUCACAAGUACUAAAGAUAGGUGGCUGAAAAGGAAGUCUUUAAACAGAAAGAAAUAG